AUACAAUGCCACUAAAUUACAAAGUUAAAACACAAAAUUACCCUCCCAAAGGCAUUAUUUUUCUCUAAGCCCAUGUGUAAUUCUCUGGAUUGGAACUGGUUCGUCUUGGAAUCGCCGGUUCCAGGAAGGCUCAGGCAGGUGGCCACGUCUUUUCCAAUUCGUCCCAUUUCUAAUUUUCUCGGAAAGGAAAAGAAAAGAAAAGGAAAGAAAAUUGUCUCCCGGAAAAAGGAGAGUGAGACCUCGAAGAUCGAAAGAUAAAAAACCUGAUUUUUCGGUUAAUUCCUUCCUGGUUUUUUCCAUUUUCAUUUUCAUUUUUUAUUUUUUUUAUCCCUCGCAACGCAACCGCCCUAAUCCCAAACCCUCUUCUCGCUCUAGCCCAAUCAUCUUCCCGUUCCCUGUAAUUAGGGUUUUUACUCUUUCCUGUUUGUGAUCCAUUCUGUUCUCUGAACAUUCGAUUGAAAUGCCCUAGGGUGUUUGAAUCGUUCCGUAGCGUUCGAUGGAGGAGGAGAAGAGCAGCGCCGGCGCCGGCGAUUCGUCGAGGGUUUCGUCGCAUUUCGUAGCCGUGGGUGAUCGGCAGAGGUUCACGGUCGAACUCAGGCCUGGGGAGACUACAAUUGUUUCGUGGAAGAAGCUGGUCAAGGACGCCAACAAGCUUAGUGGUUCUUCUUCAUCGGCGCCUGAGCCUCCGCCUUCCAACGCCCACUCCGCCCUCGAGUCUCGCAUCACCCCGGGACAACCUGCUGAGGCAGAACUCCAGGAUGCGCCUGCUCCAAAUCGUUUUAGUGCCGUUAUUGAGAAGAUUGAACGCCUUUACAUGGGUAAGCAAAGUAGUGAUGAAGAAGAUCUUAAUGAUUUUCCUGAUGAUGAUCAGUAUGACACAGAAGAUUCUUUCAUAGAUGAUGCUGAGCUGGAUGAGUAUUUUGAAGUUGAUAAUUCAGCGACGAAACAUAAUGGAUUCUUUGUUAAUAGGGGGAAGUUGGAACGCAUAAAUGAACCUACCUUAUUACCUAAUCAGCAACCGAAGAAAAGGAGGAGGAAAGAUUUGAUGAAGGCUCAUGGUGAGGGUGAUGAUGCUCAUAUACCAAAUAAACAUGUAAAAUUGACCAAGAAGGCCGCUGGAAGGUCAGCUGAUUCAGCACCAUCUGCUGGGAAGCAUUCUUCUACUCCUCAAAAUGUAGCUUUGGUAUGUGAAAAGUGUGAAGAUGUGAAACCUCAGAAUCAAUUAAAUGCUUCUGUGGCAUGUGUAAAAAAGAAACCUGCUGAUACAAGAACUUCAGAGGAUCCUCCUCCAUCAUCAAAAGCUCCAAAUGGUGAUGCAUCUACAUCUAUGGCAGAUUCUAAGGAUAAUGAAAAGCAGAAGACAGGAAUCUUCCUCCAGCCUAAGAACCUUGGUAAUAAAUUGAAAGAUUCUAGUGGAUUUUCUGAGGAUUCACACCAGAAAUAUCAGGACAGAAGUGCUCAUGCACAGGCGAAAUAUCAAUCUGGAAGACAAUUAAGCUGUAGUAAUGAACAAGAACUAGCAGUUCGGGCAAAAGAAAAAAAUGGCAUUCGUGAAUUGCCAGACCUAAAUAUCCCUGAGGUCAAAUAUCCUGUGCAAACAGUGAAAACACCGCACAUGCACAGAAAGGAAGGUUCUAGUGUUAGGCCAAAAAGCACAAUGCUUGAAAAGGCCAUAAGAGAGCUGGAGAAGAUGGUUGCAGAAUCACGACCACCAUCUAUGGAAGUUCAGGAUGCUGAUACUUCAUCCCAGGCUGUGAAGAGGAGAUUGCCCCGAGAAGUAAAGCAGAAGCUUGCUAAAGUUGCUAGAUUAGCGGCUAGCCAUGGAAAAAUAUCGAAGGAGUUGAUUAAUCGUCUUAUGAGUAUACUUGGUCACUUGAUUCAGCUCAGAACAUUAAAGAGAAACUUGAAAAUUAUGAUUAAUACAAGCCUAUCAGCGAAACAAGAGAAGGAUGAUAGAUUUCAACAGAUCAAGAAGGAAGUUGUUGAGAUGAUUAAAACACAGUUCCCCUCUCUGAAGUCCAAGGCAACUGAGCAAGUAGCUGGAUCAUCAGAAGAUUUUCAAGAAUUUGGUUCCGAAGAAAAAGGAGUCCCAAAAAGGAAAAUUAGUUUGGACAGUGCAAUGGAGGACAAGAUUUGUGAUCUCUAUGACCUUUAUAUUGAUGGACUUGAAGAAGAUGCAGCUCCACAUGUUCGUAAGCUAUAUGCAGAGCUUGCAGAAAUGUGGCCAAAAGGAUUCAUGGACAACCAUAGCAUUAAACGUGCGAUUUGUAGAGCUAAAGAUCGGAAGAAGGCACUGUAUGGUCGACAGCCGGAUGUGGAAAAAAUCAAGAGGAAGAAGUUAAUGCCUAGGAUAGAAGAGAGUGUUCGAGCUGAAGCUUGCCCAAUUGCUCAGCCACAGUUUGUGCGAGAAAGAUUGUCUACUGAUUCUGGUAGUCAUGGCAUAGCUUCACCUAACAGGCCAAUUUCAACAGCAGCUGUCCGUGUGCCCAGUCCAUUAAUGAAUGGUCUUAGCUUGGAGAGGCCAAAACCUGAGAAGAUGAAGGGAAGUUUGAGUGUCUCUGGGGAUAAUGUGAGGGUGUCAGAUGGUGCGUUGGUGAAGAAAAAAGUAAAGAGGAAGCCAGAAUUGGAGUCAGGUGAAGGUCAUUCCCGGUUAGAGAAGUUGAUUCCCCAACAUGGAGAGGAUAGACACAAGCCCCAUAAGCCAGUUGCUGCUCCUUCCCAUAAAACGAAUCUUCAACCGGUUGCUCCCGCAAGUUCUGAACAGUUAAGCUGACAUGAGUUUGCUCAAUCAGGAAGCUUUUGCCUUGAGAAUGUUUGUGCGAUGCAAAAUCUUUGUUCUAUUUUACUCUUGUUUUUUGGUCUUUUUAUUUCUUUUUUUUUUUUGGCAGCUUCAUUCAUUCUGGCCAACCAAUCAUUUUGCAUUUUUGUAAGUAAUUGCUGUCGACUGAUUCGACGCAUUCUGGUUUAGAGUUUUCAUCUCGAGUAAAAGUAGCAAAAGGCUGUAAUUCUUCUUUC